AUGCCGUCAGAAACAGGUCUUCAGACGCUCAGUCCGAUUCCCAUAGAGGAGGAAGAGGCAGCAGCUAGACCAUGGGAGGCCGACACCCUCCCUCCAGAUGCUGAACCGGCACCUCCACAGCCGACGCCUAGAUGGAUGCGUAAGGAGCGAUCUUGUCUCGCAAGGUAUAGGUGCCUCGUCAUCUUCAGUCUAACGCUUAGCGUCGCCCUGGCUGCCGUAUGGAUUCUGCCCAGCGCCCUCGAUCCCGUCAAGAAGACACCGAAACAAAUCAUCACCGAACGAAAAUGGAUAGACUCCAGCCCGUACAUGCUAGAUCGUUGGUCUUGCCGCUUCUUUGGCCUCUGUGGCCUGCACCAUCUCCGAUCAGACCCGCCCGGGCACUCAAUAAAUGAAACAGACGAAGAAAAGAGACGAGCAGGCCACCCAGGCUAUGCGGAUUACGACGAUCUUCCAGACGAGCUGCGUCGCCGCGCCAGCACGGCUGCCGAGAAGCCCAAGGAUGGCCAAAAGGACAUCCCCAGCUUUGUGCUUGACCAUGCGCCGUUAAUCCACCUACACUGGGCAGAGCACUUCUGGCCCAGUGAUAUCAAGGAAUUUAUCAAUCACGUAGACCCCUCCCUCCACUUCAAGCGUGUCGCCAAGAACAUCAGCUUGACACUCGACAACCUGGGCGAGUUAAACUCAUAUUCCUCCAAGGUCGUCCUCUCUAGCCAAGAAGACGUUGAAAGCCGCCCCGAGUGGCUCUUCAGUCAUGAUAGCCGCCCAAACCUUAACGAUACAGCGGAUUCUGAAACGGAAACCUUUUCCGCCAAACCUUUUAAGCCAUCCAAACGGCCAUGGUACCACGUCGCCGAGCUCAACGACAAGAAGGCCAGAGCAGUCCACGUCGGCCACAAGCCAGAUAAGAGUGGCUACUCUUCUGCUCCCGCUAUUCUUAUCAUGGUCGACAAGGGUAACGACAUCCUCGAUGCUUUCUGGUUCUUCUUCUACGCCUACAACCUUGGCCAGACCGUACUCGGUGCUCGCUACGGCAACCACGUCGGCGAUUGGGAGCACUGCAUGAUCCGUUUUGAGAACGGCAUCCCAAAGGGUGUCUUCCUCUCUGAGCACGAAGGCGGCUUAGCAUACACCUUUGAAGCACUCAACAAGAGGACGUCAUCAAACGGCGCCCAGCGUCCCAUUAUAUACUCGGCUGUUGGCUCGCACGCCAUGUACGCCACGUCCGGCAACCACCCCUAUGUCCUGCCCUUUCAGAUGCUCAAGGACGAGACAAACGACGGGCCCGUCUGGGACCCAACUCUAAACAACUACGCCUUUCACUACACCCCUACUCCCGAGCAAAAAGCCCAGGACCUGACGACGCAGGGCUUCCGCCGUACCGCUCUCGACGAUGGAUCAGACACCGACACUGCCAAUCUUACCCCAGCAUCAUCGAAUCCAAACAUGCCGACCUCUUGGUUCCAUUACAGCGGAGCUUGGGGCGACGAUCUGUUUCCCCUUGCCGACCACCGCCAGUGGCGCUUCUUUGGUCAAUAUCACUAUGUUCGCGGCCCGUUCGGUCCUAAGUGGAAGCAGUUGUCCCGCGAGCAGCUCUGCACCAAAAAGGUGUGCAAGAUUCUUGAGCACAUUGACGACAAGGGCAGCUGGCAUCAAUGA